AUGGCUCUCAACGCAGCAUCACACAACAUUCCGGGCGAGAAGACCGGACCCGUGAGCGGCCAGCCACCAUCAUUGUCGACCGAGGCUACCGAGGCUCUCGUCUCGUCAUCCCAGAAGGACCCUCAGGGCCACAAUGCCCCCGGCCGCGACGGUGGAGACGCCGAAGCACCCAAGAAGCAAAAGACCGAGAAAGAGCUCGCAAAGGAACGAGCCAAGGCCGACAAGGCACGCAAGUUUGCUGAGAAGCAAGCCAAGCAAGCCACUGCUGCUGCUCCUUCAGGCAAGGUCAAGGAGAAGAAGCCCAAGGCGAAGGAGGAGGCUCUGCCCAAGUACGUCGAAGAGACGCCCAAGGGAGAGAAGAAGAUCCUCAAGCCUCUGGACGACGAGUACCACAAGGCCUACAUUCCCUCGGUCGUCGAGUCAGCAUGGUAUGACUGGUGGGAGAAGGAGGGUUUCCACGAGCCCGAGUUUGGACCUGAUGGAAACGUCAAGCCCCGCGGUUACUUCGUUAUCUCUGAGCCCCCACCGAACGUCACUGGUGCUCUGCAUUGCGGCCACGCCCUCGCCACAUCUCUCCAGGACACUUUGAUCCGCUGGAACAGAAUGAGAGGUUACACUACACUGUACCUGCCCGGAUGCGACCACGCCGGUAUCUCGACCCAGAGCGUUGUCGAGAAGAUGCUUUGGCGCAAGCAGCAGAAGACCAGACACGAUCUCGGACGUGAAAAGUUCGUCGACACUGUUUGGGAGUGGAAGGAAGAGUACCACAAGAAGAUCAACACUGUACUCAAGAGAAUGGGUGGCUCCUUUGACUGGACCCGUGAGGCCUUCACCAUGGACGCCAACCUGUCAGCUGCUGUCACCGAAACCUUCCUCAACACCGCUCUCUCCAACCUUGAAGUUGAUAACAAGGAGCUCGAGGGACGCACUCUGCUGGACGUUCCUGGUUACGAACGCAAGGUCGAGUUUGGUGUCAUCACACACUUCAAGUACCCCAUCGAAGGCUCUGAUGAGAUGAUCGAGGUUGCCACAACUCGUCCUGAGACCAUGCUUGGUGACACUGGUAUUGCCGUUCAUCCCUCAGACGAACGCUACAAGCACUUAAUUGGCAAGAAGGCAAAACACCCCUUCGUUGACCGCCUCCUCCCGAUCUUCGCCGACGACUACGUUGACCCGGAGUUUGGUACUGGUGCCGUCAAGAUCACUCCUGCUCACGACCCUAACGAUUUCAACCUCGGUACCAAGCACAAGCUUCCAUUCAUCAAUAUUCUGAACGACAACGGUACCUUGAACAGCAACGCUGGACAGUUCGAGGGACAGAAGCGCUUCGAUACUCGAUACACUGUUGUUGAGGAGCUCACCAAGCUUGGUCUGUUCGUCAAGAAGGAGGACAACCCCAUGAAGGUCCCCCUGUGCUCGAAGUCAAAGGACGUCAUCGAACCCUUGAUGAAGCCUCAGUGGUGGAUGCGCAUGCGUGAGCUUGCAGACGCUAGUAUCGAUGCGGUUCAGAACGGUGACAUCAAGAUCAAGCCUGAAGGUGCCGAGCGUAACUACUAUCAUUGGAUGCGCAACAUCAACGACUGGUGUUUGUCACGUCAGCUGUGGUGGGGCCAUCAGGUUCCUGCCUACUUUGUCAAGCUUGAAGGCGAGAACAGCGAUGAGAAGCAGGACGAAUUCUGGGUUGCUGGCAGAACCGAGGAGGAGGCCAAGCAGAAGGCCGAGAAGAAGUUCCCUGGUAAGAAGUUCGAACUUGUCCGUGAUCCUGACUGUCUGGACACCUGGUUCUCGUCCGGUCUUUGGCCAUUCUCUACCCUUGGCUGGCCCAACAAGACUCCCGACUUCGAGAAGCUCUACCCUACCUCUGUCUUGGAAACCGGAUGGGACAUUCUCUUCUUCUGGGUUGCCAGAAUGAUUAUGUUUGGUCUCAAGCUUACCGGCAAGGUCCCCUUCACUGAGGUCUACUGCCACUCUCUCAUUCGUGACUCUGACGGCAGAAAGAUGUCCAAGUCUCUUGGAAACGUCAUUGACCCUGUCGACAUCAUGGAGGGCAUCACCCUCCAAGAGCUCCACGAUAAGCUGCUUGAAGGCAACCUUGAUCCCAAGGAGGUCAAGAACGCCACCAAGUACCAGAAGGACUCGUUCCCUCAGGGCAUCCCCGAGUGCGGUGCUGACGCUCUCCGUUUCUCACUCAUCCAGUACACCACUGGUGGUGGUGAUAUUGCCUUUGACGUCAAGGUCAUGGCCGGUUACCGUCGCUUCUGUAACAAGAUCUACCAGGCCACCAAGUACGUUCUCGGCAACCUGCCCGAGGGCUUUGUUCCUCAAGCCAAGGGCGGUAAGACCGGCAAAGAGUCAUUGCCCGAGCGCUGGAUUCUGCACAAGUUCACCAUUGCCGCCAAGGAGAUCAACGACGCUCUUGCCGCUCGUGAGUUCUCGCGUUCGACCUCGCUCGCCUACCAGUACUGGUACGAGAACCUGUGCGAUGUCUACAUUGAGAACAGCAAGGCCAUCAUCCGCGACGGUACUGAAGAGGAGAAGCGCAGUGCCGUUGACACCCUCUACACCGUCCUUGAGGGUGCCUUGUGUCUGAUCCAUCCCUUCAUGCCUUUCUUGACCGAGGAGCUGUGGCAGCGUCUGCCUCGUCGUCCCGAAGACAAGACCAAGAGUAUCGUUGUUGCCGCAUACCCCGAGUAUGAUGCUGCACUUGAGGACUUUGAGAGCGAGGCUGCCUACGAGCUGCUCCUUGGAUGCUCCAAGGGUGUCAGAAGUUUGAUGUCCGAGUACUUGAUCAAGGAGGACGCCAAGGCCUUUGUCCAGUGCUACGAUGAGAAGACCUACAAGACCGCCGCCGACGAGCAGGCAUCAAUCAAGUCUCUCUCCGGCAAGGCCCUCACCAACCUCGCCAUCAACGGCCCCAACGACGCCACCCCCACCGGUUGUGCCGUCUUCGCCGUGUCCUCGUCCGCCGCUGUCUUCCUUGAAGUCGCUGGCCGUGUUGAUAUCGAUGCCGAGAUCACCCGCGCCCAGCAGAAGCUUCGCAAGGCCGCCGAUGGCGCCACCAAGCAGCGUAAGAUCCUCGACGCCGAGGGCUUCGCCGAGAAGGUGUCACACUCUGUCCUCGAGGCCGAGAAGACCAAGUUGCAGGACUUGAUGGCUGAGCAAAAGAACUACGAGGAGAGUAUCGCUCAGUUCGAGAAGCUCAAGCUGGACAACUAG